AAUCAAAACAUGCUAACAUUUUAUAACUAGUAUUUGAUUUAUAUUUUCCUGUAGAUCUAGAGCGAUGGACUAUAACGAAAUUGUCUUAUCCUUUUAAACCUAUCACGUUAAUCUGCGUGUUUGGGACGAGCUCACCAUCACGUACUUCUUCCAAUCCCGUCCAGCUGGUGGCGGAAAAACACCUUUGGGGAUGUUGACCACCAUGAAAGUAACCCACAGAAGAACAAUUAGCUAACCAGCCAGAGGAGACCUAGUUUGCUUAGCUUUUGAAAGCGUUUUACUGAAAACACCAGCAAUGAAAUUCAUGAGAUUUAUGAUGAACAAUGCCGCAUUGGCCAAUAUGCCGAAACAUAUUGAACAUUUUGCAAAAUUCUCGCCUUCACCACUCUCCAUGAAGCAAUUUCUUGAUUUUGGGUCCACAAAUGCAUGCGAGAGGACAUCAUUUGUAUUUUUGAGACAAGAGCUACCUGUGCGAUUAUCUAACAUCAUGAAAGAGAUCAACUUGCUACCUGACCGAUUGCUUACAACCCCAUCUGUGCAGAUGGUCCAGAGCUGGUAUAUCCAGAGCUUAAUGGAAAUCUUGGAGUUCUUGGACAAGAAUCCUGAUGACCACAGUGUCUUGGAUGAAUUUGUGGGUACUCUAGUGAAUAUCCGGAAUAGGCACAAUGACGUGGUGCCCACCAUGGCACAGGGAGUCAUUGAGUACAAGUCAGUGUUUGGUCAGGACCCGGUCACCAACCAGAACAUUCAGUACUUCCUGGACCGUUUCUACAUGAGCCGCAUAUCUAUCCGAAUGCUCAUCAACCAGCACACUCUUGUCUUUGACGGCGCAACUAAUCCAAUUCACCCCAACACAAUAGGGAGCAUUGACCCUCACUGUGAAGUCACAGAGGUGGUCCGAGAUGCUUAUCAGAGCGCCAAGAUGGUUUGCGAUCAGUACUAUCUGAGCUCGCCAGACCUGAUGCUGCAAGAAAUUAACGUGAACAACAGGAGACAGCCCAUAAGCAUUGUCUAUGUGCCCUCUCAUCUCUACCACUCAUUGUUUGAACUUUUCAAGAAUGCAAUGAGAGCCACUAUUGAGAACCACGAAUCCAGCAAUAGUUUCCCGCCCAUUCAGGUUAUGGUGGCAAUUGGAGGAGAGGACCUGUCAAUUAAGGUGAGUGACAGGGGUGGUGGAGUCCCUUUCAGGAAGAUAGAGAAUCUCUUCAGCUAUAUGUACUCCACGGCCCCCACACCAGAGAUGGGCAAGCACUCCCAAACACCACUAGCUGGCUUUGGGUAUGGCCUGCCCAUCUCCCGCCUCUAUGCCCAGUAUUUCCAAGGGGACCUGCAGCUCUACUCCAUGGAGGGAUACGGCACUGACGCCGUAAUCCACAUGAAGGCCUUGUCCACUGACUCUGUGGAGAGGCUCCCGGUGUACAACAAGACUGCUCUGAAGCACUACAAGGUCAGCCAGGAGGCAGACGAUUGGUGCGUGCCCAGCCGAGAACCCCUGGACCUGACCCGUUACAGGGUAACAAAGUGAAGGCCGUCGUGGUUCUUACGGAGGCCCAGCUUCCUGCCGAGACGCCCCGUCACCUAACCCUGGCUCGCUUUUCUGCUGUCCUCACUACGAUGCCUGCUCUACAUGGUUCGCUUUUGGUGUAGAUUAGUGUGAACUAUGGAGAAAACUAAAUGCAUAAUUGCACUUUAAAAAAAAAAACAGAUGUAUAAUUUUUGUUCACCUCAUGGGGUGUUUUAUGGGGGUGCAAAGGUGUAAAAGAAAUGCACCAAGGACAGUGAUGUGGCGGGGUAGGUCUGAAGACUCAGAGGUCGUACUCUGCACAUCGCUGACGUGAAAUAGCGUGAUGGUCAAAGAACAGCAAUGUGUUACUACAGAGUGGCGUUUAUAGCGUCACAAUGUUAUGGAACGUUUGGGUUGAAGCGUGUAGAACAGCCAUGCUUUGCUGUGAUGUCGGCUUAGUAACUACAGCUCCACUUACACCUAUAUCUGCAGCAUUCAGAAUGUUGUCAUUUCCUGAAUGUGACCCAAGCGUGAAAGGCAAUGCAAUGUGUUGGUUCAUCUUUUUGAGAGGCUCUUUGUGUACUGUAAAUGGAGAUGAGCUGGGGAUGUUACAGUGUGUUAUGUCCUUGGAUGAAGCAGUACUGUGUACUACUGAAUAAUUGAAUAUCCUGGUCAUUAGAGAUCCAUCUCCAAAAAACUGCAACCUCAUCCUUAUUUUUCUCCUCAGUAAUGUGUGAUGAUCUCCUUCUUUACUGGAAACAUGUACAUUAUUAACAAUAUAGAAUUAAAUCUAUAAGAAGGCUGCUGUUUACUAAUCUGUGCCAUUGAAUUAAGUAUUUAAUUUAUUCUUAAAUAGUAUUAAGUACUAUUCUACACCUCUUGACACCUGCGUGAGGAUUGGUCCUGAUGCCUUUGUUGAAAUGGACCAGACUCAGGUUAUCUAAAUGUUGUUCCAUAUUGUUGCAAGUGUUUAUUUGCUAUGCAGCUGCGUUCUAUUGCCUUUAGCAAAGUUAAUUAGAAGUCUGUUCGCAUAGGUCCCAAAAAGCAAAGCACGCUGUUCUCUAAAGUUAAUUUGUGAGGUGUAGGUCAUCCUCAUAGGAACCAUGGAAGCUUUAUGAUGUGCAGACAGGUCCGCUCUGUUGUGUUUUAGAAUUUCCUUUCUUUGUUAUUAAAGUAAACUAUUUUUCUUAUGUUUUAAAGUUCUAUUUUCUUCUGUAAACUAUUUUUCCAUUGAAAAUGUUGUUAGUAUGAAGUAUAUUAAACCUGUUAUUUGAAUGUGAAAUGCUUAUUAGUAGUGGGUGUGUAAUUUAGCACUGACAAUUGUGACCUGGGAAGAAAGUGUACCCAUCUCCAGGCAUCUCUGGUAUGCCUGAUAUAGUCAUUUGUAUCUAGCCCUCUGAGGGAGGUAAGAAUAUAAAAUAAGUGAUUGACAGUAAGCAAGGAUGUGCUUGUCCUGAGUUGGCUCCAAGCCCAGUGUGGGAGAGGUCACUUCAACAGGUGGUCCAGAGUAAACAAGUGGCUGAUAAGUGUCAGUAGAGUGAAAACACAUAGCACAGGCAUGGCUAAUUUCAUCCCGACACGGGAUGCUGUUAUUACGCUAUUAUUAGAUGAUGUGUAGUGUCUCAAUGUUGUGUAUGCACGUAUUAACCGGCAUUACUGGCCAUUUGCCAAACACAGUUCAGCAUUACCCCUCCAUUACCUAUACAAUGGACAUGAUCGUCAGUGUUUUGAUCAUAGUAGGUUGCGUAGCAGGACUCCGCUCGCGGGUCCAGAAGGCCCUGAGAACUACUAGCCAGCCUUGACAUCAGAGGUGCAGGCAUUUUUUCUGAGCCCUUGUCUGUGGUGACUAAAGGGAAACUCCAGAGGGUGGUGCAGUGAAGUGAGGAUUGUCUUACAUUCAUUCUGCUCAUAUCACCCUGCCCAUAUAAGGUCAGCAGGCCCAUGUUUACAGCCUGGGAGACAUGUUCUAUACACCCAUCUGAUCACAAUGUCCACUCCGCAGUUUGGCACGCGGCCUGCGUUGGUGCACGUGUGGGGACGGUUAAGUACUCUUAAGAAUGGUUAAUCUGACCCACGUGUGUUUCAAGUGGAACUGUUUCUGACCAUUGAGACCCCUUUUAAAGAGGGUCAUGUUUUCAAAUACAUACUGCAGCUGUAAUGGUAUGAUGAUGAUGGCGAAAUGUAGUUUCCACCUCCUCCAGCCAGUCAUAUUGGUUUCGACAUGCUCUGCCCCAUUAUCUGUUCACCCAAAACAGUAUGUGUCAAAAUCUAAAAUAAA